AUGUCGUCCACUUACGCCUUCGAUCUUGGCUUGUAUGAGCGAACUAUCUCGACUACCUCCCCCGAAAGCCAAGCCUGGUUCGACCGUGGACUCAUAUGGGCAUAUGCAUUCAAUCAUGAGGAAUCUGUCUUUUGCUUCGAGCAGGCCGCCCAGUCUGACCCCAAUUGCGCAAUGGCCUACUGGGGCGUGGCAUACAGCCUGGGGCCAAACUACAACAAACCAUGGUCGUUCUUUGAUGACAAAGACCUGGCCGACGCAGUUGGGCGUGGCCACAAUGCCGCCCGCACAGCCAUGGCUAAGAUGUCGGCCUGCACUCCAGUUGAGCAAGCCCUGAUCAAAGCACUUCAGCACCGUUAUCCACAAGAGAACCCCUCGAAUUGUUCUUCUUGGAAUCAGGGCUUUGCUGAUGCAAUGGAAGAGGUGCAUGGGGACUUUCCGGACGACUUGGAUGUCAUUACGCUGUAUGCGGAUGCUUUGAUGAACUUGAAUCCAUGGAACCUCUGGGAUCUUAAGACAGGAGAACCUACAACUGGAGCUCACACGCUGAAGAUCAAAACGAUAAUCGAUGAUGGCCUAAAGCUCAAUGGAUCCUUGAAGCAUCCUGGCCUACUCCAUCUGUACAUACAUCUGAUGGAAAUGUCUCCUAGACCAGAAGAUGCUCUUCCAACUGCCAACCAUCUUCGUGGGCUCGUACCUGACGGAGGACAUCUCCACCACAUGCCAACUCACUUGGACGUCCUCUGCGGACACUAUCAAGCGGCCAUUGACUCGAACUCGGACGCGAUCAAAGCUGAUACUAAGUAUCUAGCCAAAGCUGGGCCCCUCAACUUCUAUUCUCUGUACCGAUGCCACGAUCUUCAUUUUCGAGUAUAUGCUGCUAUGCUCGCGGGCCAGUACAAAAUUUGCAUCGACACUGCGAGUCAACUAGAGUCCACUAUCCCGAAGGACCUGCUUCAAAUCGAGUCUCCGCCCAUGGCUGACUGGCUCGAAGCGUUCCUGAGCCUCCGUGCUCAUAUCCUAGUCAGGUUCGGAAAGUGGCAGGAUCUGAUUGAUAUGAAGCUACCAGAAGACCAGGACUUAUACUGUAUGACGACGUCAAUCGCCUUGUACGCGAAGAGUGUAGCCUUUGCUGCUACGGGCAGAGUAUCAGAAUCAGAACACCACAAAGGAUUAUUCCACGAGUCCUUGAAGAGAGUUCCAACCUCACGCACUCUUUUCAACAACACUUGUCUGGAUAUCCUCCGAGUGGGUGAAGCUAUGCUCGAUGGCGAAUUGGAAUACAGGAAAAAGAAUUAUGAUGUCGCUUUUGAGCACCUCCGUGAGGCUAUUCGUCGCGAGGAUAAUCUUCCUUAUGACGAACCGUGGGGGUGGAUGCAGCCUACCCGCCACGCAUACGGUGCGUUGCUUAUGGAGCAGGGGCAUCUUGAAGAGGCAGUUGAGGUUUACAAGACAGACUUGGGACUCAACGAUAAUAUACCUCGAGCUUUGAGGCACCCUAAUAACGUGUGGGCACUGCACGGCCUUCAUGAAAGCUUGACAAGACUAGGAAGAGACGUGGAGGCGAAGGAGGUUGAAGGCCAUUUGCAAAAGGCACUGGCAGGUACCGAUGUUAUCGUCAAGGCCUCUUGCUAUUGCAGACUAGACAAAUGA